AUGUGGCAAGAAUCUAACAUUAUUCAACAUGUGACGUUGGAUCGUUUGAAAAUUUCUUUGGGUCUCGUGCUCAUCGAGCAACUCAAAUCGAUUGCUGACACCGGCGUCGAGGCCGACUUAUUCCCUUAUUUGAAGCGAAUGGCCCUUGAUAUAAUAUGCGAGACAUCGAUGGGAACCACAGUCGACGCUCAACACAAUCACGAUCAUCCGUACGUCAGGUAUGUGACGCGUCUCAACGAGGAGUCAUUCGAUUAUCUUCGAAAGCCGUGGAACAGAAUCACGCCGAUUUGGUAUUUAUUCGGCGGCGGCUAUCGAUAUCAUUAUCAUUUGAACGUGGUCACCGAGUUCACGAAACAAGUGAUCAAUGAGAAGUGGGACGAAUUCUUGGCGUUCAACGACACCACUGAUGAUAAGGAUAAGAAGAAAAUGGCGUUUCUUGAUCUCUUGCUAGUUUUGAGGAAAGAGGGACAAUUGAGUUUGGAGGAUAUUCGAGAGGAAGUCGACACGUUUAUGUUCGAAGGCCAUGAUACCACGUCGGCCUCAAUGGGUUGGACACUUUGGUGCAUUGCGCAUAAUCCCGACGUUCAGAAGAAGGUUCUCGACGAGGUGGACCGAGUGUUCGGACGAAGCGAUCGCGAUUGCACCGACGAGGAUUUGAAGCAAUUGAAAUACCUCGAGAAAUGCAUCAAGGAGUCCCUUCGACUAUUCCCGUCGGUGCCGCUUUUCGCGAGAAAAGUUGAACGAGACGUUGUGAUCAACGGCGAUUUGUUUCCGAAGAACGCCACCAUCCUCAUGGCGCCGUUCAUCAUCCACCGUAAUCCAAUGUGGUGGAACGAGCCGGAGAAAUUCAAUCCGGACAAUUUUGCCGACGACGCAAUCGCGAAUCGUCACGCCUACGCCGAUGUGCCAUUCAGCGCGGGACCCCGAAACUGCAUUGGUCAAAAAUUCGCGGUGAUGGAGGAGAAGACGUGCCUCUCAUGGAUUUUCAGAAAGUAUACAUUACGGACCACCAUCGCAUUCGAGAAAAAUAUACCGUGCCCGGAGAUCAUAAUUAAACCAUCGCUGGGCUUCCCAUUGAUUGUUGAGAGUCGAAAUUGA